AUGGAGCUCCGCUUGGACUGACCCGGGAGUGGCAACAUGUCCAUGGAAGACCCGUUCUUGGUCAUCAAAGGCGAGGUGCAGAAAGCUGUGAAUGCAGCCCAGAGCCUCCAUCAGAGAUGGAGAGAGUUGCUGCUGGAAGGGGGCGGAGCCUCCAAGGAAGAGAUGGACUGGACCACCAAUGAGCUGAGGAACAGUCUGCGCUCAAUCGAGUGGGACCUGGAAGACCUAGAUGAGACCAUCAGCAUUGUGGAGUGCAACCCUAAGAAGUUUAAC